AUGAUGGCCUCUACGAUGGGCCCGGCCACGGCUCUGCUACUAUGCUGUCUCUCCGCCACGCCUGCUUUUGCCCAGGCCAUCACCCCGACACCGCUGCAGGACAUUACGCCGGUCCCGAUGGACAAGUUCAACCCAAGGCUUACAGAGUUCCGCCGUAUCGAUGGGAACAGCGACGAGAAGCUGACGUUCACUGAAUUCCUGCUCUCCGACAAGGACUAUAUCGAGGCGAAAAGCCGCGAGUUCCACGCCUACGACAAGAACAAGGACGGUCAAGUGACGCGCGCCGAGUACGAGGCCUACUACGAACGGGACGGGCAUCGCCACGGGCCCGAAGGGAUGGAUCACGAUUUCUUCGGGGGCCUCGAUGACCACCCGCCAUUCCGGCACUUCUUCGGCUCACCGAUGCGUCACUCCCACGAGACGCCCAGCAGCCAAAGCUCUCCCGAAAAGCGCUCAUCAUCCCCAGGGCAUGGAGAUGGUGCUCCCUUCUACCGUAGACUCGGCGGACUUGGUGGCAAAGCGCAGCGCCCAUCCUCCGAGAAAUUCCAACCAGAUGUUCCGAAAUAUCUGUUGUGG